CGCGCGGUCCCCGCCCCGCCCCGCAGCGCCUGGGCCAGCGCUUCCCAGCGGCGAGCCCCGAGUCCCGCGCCCAUGGAGCAGCUGCUGCGCGCCGAGCUGCGCACCGCGACCCUGCGGGCCUUCGGCAGCCCCGGCGGCGGCUGCAUCAGCGAGGGCCGAGCCUACGACACGGACGCAGGCCCGGUGUUCGUCAAAGUCAACCGCAGGACGCAGGCCCGGCAGAUGUUUGAGGGGGAGGUGGCGAGCCUGGAGGCCCUCCGGAGCACAGGCCUGGUGCGAGUGCCGAGGCCCAUGAAGGUCAUCGACUUGCCAGGCGGUGGGGCCGCCUUUGUGAUGGAGCAUUUGAAGAUGAAGAGCUUGAGCAGUCAAGCAUCAAAACUUGGAGACCAGAUGGCAGAUUUGCACCUUUACAACCAGAAGCUCAGGGAGAAGCUGAAGAAGGAGGAGAACACAGUGGGUCGAAGAAGUGAGGGUGCUGAGCCUCAGUAUGUGACCAAGUUCGGCUUCCACACGGUGACAUGCUGCGGCUUCAUCCCACAGGUGAAUGAAUGGCAGGAUGACUGGCCCACCUUUUUCGCCCGGCACCGGCUCCAGGCGCAGCUGGACCUCAUUGAGAAGGACUAUGCUGACCGAGAGGCACGAGAACUCUGGUCCCGGCUACAGGUGAAGAUCCCGGAUCUGUUCUGCGGCCUGGAGAUGGUUCCUGCCUUGCUCCAUGGGGAUCUCUGGUCGGGAAACGUGGCUGAGGACGACGCGGGGCCCAUUAUUUACGACCCGGCUUCCUUCUACGGCCAUUCCGAGUUUGAACUGGCAAUCGCCUUGAUGUUUGGGGGCUUUCCCAGGUCCUUCUUCACUGCGUACCACCGGAAGAUCCCCAAGGCUCCCGGCUUCGACCAGCGGCAGCUGCUCUACCAGCUCUUUAACUACCUGAACCACUGGAACCACUUCGGGCGGGAGUACAGGAGCCCUUCGCUGGGCACCAUGCGGAGGCUGCUCAAGUAGCGGACCCCGCGCCUGCCCCCCGCCCCCCGCCCCUGCGCCCUUCCCCGGCCCCUUGUCCCGGUCCGUGUUCCCCAGUCCGCUACCUCCCGCCCCUGCCCCCUUCACCCGCCCGCGUCCCGGUCCCCCUUCCCUCUGCUCCCUGCCCCCUCGCAGAUGCAGGGGGACAAUAAAGUCCACAGCGGGCCUCGGCUGGCAUCCCACGCCUCCGUGCUCCGCGCGUGGGGCUGCUUUCAGUCGAA